AUGGCCAAAAAAUCGGGUGUGUAUCUGCUAUGUUCUGCUUUGGCCAUGCUUGGCUUGUCUCAGGCCACACCACUCGAUCAGUUUACAGUGGAUUUCGAUAGAUGUCGUGAUGACGGAUUCAGUACAAACCGAGCUCUUGCAAGAUUCAACGGUAUCUUUUUUGGCGACUUUGAUACAUCUGGUUCUCUUCAAAGUUUGGGUCCACUAGCUGUCAAGGGUGAUUUCUCUGCGCCAAAUUACGUAGUCAAUGCCAAUCAUCAUCAAGUUAUUAUGGAAGAGCAAGGAUGUACCGCGCUCAAUAACAAAAACACUGGAAUUUUUAACUUUACUUCGGUUGAGGAAGAUCUUCGCCUGGCAAGCGAGGAAUUUGCAAACCGUGAGCCUACUGCUAUCCUAAAGAACGACGCCAUCUUUACAAAGAUUCCACAAAACGAAAUGGCCCUGUACGAUGUUAUGACCUUCCAUUCUUGUGGUCAAGCUGUUUGUAGUCCUAAUCCAACGGAAAAAUCACAGGCUGAGGGUGUGUUUUUUGGACAAGGCGACUGGAGAGUCCCGCAACCUCAGUUUAACCGCACUAGAGCCUAUGUCUACAAUAUUCCAGUCAAAAAUGGUGCUACUAUCACAAUAGAUACAAAUAAUCCAAGUGCUGGAUUGAAUGCAGGCAACUCCACUUACAAAUUCUAUCCUGUAGACGAGUCUGGAAACAUCAUGCCAGAAGGUACAUUCAUGCUUCAUCGAAAGACAGGUGGUCAACUCCAGGGUCUUGUUUUGGCGCCCAGAGGCAACAUUAUCGAUGGUACAGUUGGCGCCUUUGCAAGCAACAUUGUUGGGAAAUCUUACACUUGGGAGAGCCCCACGGAGGGUGCCGAGUUGCUCGAUUAUCAUGCGGCUGGUGGUUCUUGCGAUUCUUAUGGUGGCUGUAUGCCCUUCUUUUUGCCACCAAGACCCGCCACCAGUUCUAGCAGAAGAACAACAACCACUAGCACCAAUGCUCAAGCAACCAGUAAGAGCACUUCCACGACCACUGAGAUUGGUAUUGGCACAGCUACUGAUACACUUACUGAUACAGUUACGGUUACCCAAGAUGCAGCAACCGCAACUGUCACCAACAUAAAAACAUUUUUGGAAAAACCACAACCAGUUACAAUUACCUAA